UCGCAGUACAUGGAAUCUAGAUAGAUCUCCAUCCAUCCCGCUAAAGUUCUCGGCACGUCACAUGAUGAGGUACCUCCACGGAAUAGAUAGAUAACCAUCACUUUAUCGGCAGUCUGAUCGCAAGACCGGGCCAACCCACGAGAGAUUCGUAGCCCGGUCUCUCUCGUCUCUCGCCAGGCGAUUCAGUGUAUUAGCAGGCGCAAGAGUCGCCGUCAAUUUCUCACUGUUCUAACUGACAUCACCGUCUGAAUAAGUCCCUUGUUUAACUAGUCACCGCUCUGGAAACCGAUCCCACCUUUAGGACGCCAUGGCGCGUCCCAGAAGGAUCUCCAAUGCCUCUUCGGCUUCCUCCCUCCCAGGGGGUAAUCAAGAACUCGGGAGUAUGUAUGAUUAUCUCGCAAAGAUCAUCUUGCUGGGACCCAGUGGUGUUGGAAAGUCAUGUUUACUACACCGAUUUGUGAAGAACGAAUGGAGAGUGCUGUCGUCGCAGACUAUCGGAGUCGAAUUCUCCUCCAAGAUAGUCAAGGUAGGUACGGGUCCAGGAAAGAAGAGGAUCAAGUUACAGCUCUGGGAUACAGCCGGCACGGAACGUUUCCGCUCGGUAUCCAGAUCAUAUUACCGCGGAGCUGCCGGUGCGAUACUGGUCUACGAUGUCGCGUCUUAUGCCUCAUUCACUUCUCUACCGACCUUCCUCAUGGAUGCGCGCGCUCUGGCAUCGCCUCACCUCACGGUGAUACUAGCCGGGAACAAGACAGACCUCACGGUGGAGCAUGGUGAUAUCGACGAAGAACAAAGACCCCCGCCCACUCCUUCGAGCACUUCGAGCAAGUGGUCAUCGUACCCACUUGAGUCGGGAGGCGCUUCACUGCGAUCCAAUGGUACAGCAGGCUUCGGUACACGGAUGACGGCGUCGAUCGCACCGCAAGGCCGCGAGGUCAGUCCCCAAGAGGCGUCUCAAUGGGCGGCAAGGUCAAAUAUUCCUGCGUCCGUUGAGGUCUCGGCUCUAUCUGGAGAAGGAGUGGAUGAGCUAUUCAACCGGCUGGCCCGGAUCAUCCUCACCAAGAUCGAGCUGGGCGAGAUCGAUCCUGACGAUCCGCAAAGUGGCAUCCAGUAUGGCGAUGGAGGGAACUGGGGCUUUGGCACCAGCGACGGCAGCAGUACCAGAACUGGCAUGACAUUAGACGAUGCCCCGUACUCGACUCAACGGAGAUCGGGCAGAUCCAACGCCAGUCAUCUUGCGGAAGGAAUGAGAGAAUGGGAGAGCGUCUUCCGCGGACCAGUCCCAAGGCGGAGCGGAUGUUGCUGAAGCUUCUCAUCUGAAUAAUGUCCAUUUCCUGUGAGGGUCAAGCGGUGGUAUUAUUUCGCUUUAUUAACGCUCUCGUACAUGUGCUUCUUGUCAGCUUUUCCAUCUAUCAAGACUCUCACGCGCCUCAGAAAGUUUCAUCACCUGUGCUCUCUUUUCAUGAUACCCACUCGAUCCUUUGAUUUACGAACCUUACGACAUGCUUUUGAAACUUUUUGUCUCUUCGUAUAUAGAACGGUCGUUUUCCAUUUCUUGGACAUUAACUAGUCUCUUAGAUCUGACGCAAUAAGAGAAUUUCAUAACUAUA